UAUUAAAGGGUAGAUACUCCAUGUUCCUUUGAGCUGCGUGCCUACGGCGACGCUAAGCUAGGGAGGUCAAUGUGAUCAGCGCAUUCCGUGUGUGGUCGGCAAGAUAGCCAAAAGAACAAGGAUGCCGGUACAUUGUCGUGCACACAACGCUGUACAAUCACAAUAAAGGAACUGGAAAUUACAUUUCACAGUGCUUUAGUCGGGAAGGUCGCCCCCCCAACAUGGCUGCCACGUAGGCUCGUCGGUUAGCCGGUUUGCUGCUGUGUGCUGGCGUAUCUAUUGUUCAUGUCUCUGAUUACAAUGAAUGACUUUCGGUGAGCAGUCCAGACAAAACAGAAGAGGACAUCUGAAGCCAAGUCUGUCACAAUCUACAGAGAAAUUCUGAGACAUGGCAUCAGCACAGUGUGAUAGGAAACCACAGCCUGGCGACUUGAUAGAAAUCUCCCGCGGCGCUUACGAGCAUUGGGCCGUAUACGUUGGCGAUGGCUAUGUUGUUCAUUUGGCCCCAUCAUCGGAGGUCGCGGGUGCAGGCAUCAACAGUAUGAUGUCCGUCCUGUUGGACAGCGCCAUCGUGAGGAAGGAGGAGCUGUGGAAGGUAGUGGGUGACAACCCCUAUACAAUCAACAACUUACUGGACGACAAGUACCAGCCCCGCCCUGUCUUCUUGAUUGUGAGGGACGCCCUCAAACUGGUGGACAAGGAGGUGUCAUACUGCAUUUUCAGUCGUAACUGCGAGCACUUUGCCACCCAGUUGCGUUACGGCAAGCCCGAGUCCCGACAGGUGCGUCAAGUGGGAGAAACCAUUGUGGUUGGAACCGUGUUGACUGUGGGUGUUUUUGGUAUCGCAGCUUUGGUAACAGCUCUGCUCGGAAGCAACAAGGACAAGCACAAACAGUAACACUAAACCGAUAUGACUACUGCUGGAAUUCAGCGAUUCAGCCGCAAAACUUCAUACAUAUGUAAGCAGUCUCAUAAAAAGGGAGUCACACUCACUAAUGUUCAAUGGGAAAUAUAAGCACACUUAUUUUUACAAUGUAUCAGCUCACGAAUAGCAGCAUUUACACUAUAAUUAGGGCCGGAGCAGCAACUGCUGCGAGGUCCUAUAAUACAGUAUAAGUCUAGUAUAAUAAUCGUAAGAAGUAUUAAUUUUCACUGACGGCUGUUGAAUUCAAAUACCCAUGUUAAGAUGUUGGCCUGGCACUUAAAAUGUGUCAUUUGUAAAAUGACAAAAUUACAAUAAUGCUUUUGUAUUCUAAUGAAUCCACAGUUUGACUACAAUUUGUAACAUUUUAUCCAUUUGUAAGCACAAAUAAAAAAUAAUUUAGGAACCUUA